AUGGCACCUUCGUUACGAGACCACUCCUCCUUUGUCCGUCCGUCGACGCGAGACCGUCCCGUCACCAGGGACCAGGUCGACACUUCUCUCAUUGUUCCCAGUCGGACCUCAUCGCUGCACUCCCGCAUCACCCAGCCCAUUCCCUCGACCCUCAACCUAAAGCCGGCCCAGCGAACACCCAAGACGCUGACCCAUGCCUACAUGGUAUGCGGUGUUGGCCGUGAGCCCGCCCAAUGGGUCAAGGCCCCCGCGCCAGUCCAGGGCAAAGUCCAGCACAUGAAAGGUGCCGUGGGCCAGUUUUGGUUGCCCGAAAUCCUCGGCAGCAGCCCCAGACUCGAGCAGGAUAAUGAAAUCGCACGUUCCUUGCAUGCCGCUAUGAGAACCUGUUUCCCACACGAUGUCGAAAUCUGCACGGGCAAAUCUCAGCCUCAUUGCGUCCAUCACUCUUUUGUUCUCCAACAGGAUUCCUCUCACACUCUCUACGGCAUCGCCCUCAAGGUAUGGUCCCGUGCCGAUGAAAAGCGAGCCGACACCAUUCGCGAAUUGCGCAAGAAGACCGAGCCCGACUAUUACGACAACCCCGAUGAGACGUACUGGAUCCCGUACUGCUUGAGCUUCUUGUCCCGCUACCCCCUCUACGAUCUUCUGGGAGAUUAUCUCCGUGGAAUGUGGAUCCACUGGAACAAGGCUACCAACCUGUUCCAUGCCGAGGAGGUUUCUCGAAUUCUCAGCUUCCCCGCGCCUCGUCUGAACGACUUGGUCCGCAUUGAUAUGAAAGACUACGCCCUUUGCUAUCAGUUCCCAUCCUCGCCGACUGGCUUCCAGAACUUCUCCAUGUGGCCGCUCUUCAGCUGUCUCUCGAUCCCUAACAUUGUCGGUGUUAUCGAGGCAGCCGUGUCGCCAACCCGCCGAAUUAUUUUGAGCAGUCACCACCCUGCCAUCUUAACUGUUGCCGCUGAAACCAUUCGCUUCUGUGUGCGUGUGUACGAGUGGAGUGGUCUCUACGUCCCCGUAGUGCAUGCCCGCCAUGCCAAGGAGCUCGUAGAAGAGCCUGGUCCUUACAUUCUCGGUAUUUCCGUCGAAUGCCGCUCCCUCUUUACUGCCCCAUCCGAUGCCUUGGUUGUUGAUCUCGACCGAAACUUUGUCUUGACUUCCAGCCCACCAAACGUCCUCAACCCCAAACAACGGACCAAGUUCGUCAAUCGUCUUACCCAGGCUCUUAGCGGCGAUGUGACUCCCUCCGGAGUUCCCUCCCAUCUGCGAUCGGCGUAUGGCGGCGGUAAGCUGGUCCCGGCUGGCCAGAUUAUCGUCAUGAAGGGCGAGGUCGAGAGUGUUCAGGACCCCAGCUGGUGGAACCAGGACGGUGUCAUGAGUGUGAUGGACCACGUGUGUGAAAAACUUGGACGCAACACUGGUGUCAAGGCCCUUUUUGGUGGUUCCGUGAAGAAGCCACUUAUGACCAAGGUGUCCAUGAGACAUCUGAAUGAAAUUGUUCGCGAACGCAAUCAAUACUCUCGAGAUGCCAUGGAAGCCUGGCAGGAUUUCAUCAACCUCAAGGGACGUCUCGACACCGAGUUGUCCAAGGUCACCAAACGCAACAACUUCUUGGUGGAAGAAUUGGAAACCUGGAAGCAGCAGUUCCUCAAAUUCCAGGCAUUUGCCGAGCAGCUCACCAAGGAGACAUCCGACCUCAAGAUCAAGAUCGAAGGCCACAAGCGCGAGAACCGUCGCCUCAGUGGUCUCAUCGACCAGCAGAAAGACGACGUCGCUCGCCUUACUCUUCGUCUUUCCGGCACCGAAAAGCAGCGUGACGAUGCCUUGGAAGCUCUGGUUCUCCAGCAAGAAAUUGCCGAGGAGCUGGAGCGGGAACGCAAGCGCAACCAUAAGGAUCUUUCCACCAUGGAACACCGCAGUGCUUCGCUUUCUCGUCAACGCGACGAAGCCCAGCGCAUUGUAGUGCACCUGCGCAGCUUGAUCGAGGGCCAGACCCACCAUAUGGAGCACAUCAUUCGCAACCUUGCCGUUUCCCCCGACGUCAGCGAAUACAUCGAGCAGCAAACCAUGGAAAACAGCCAACCCCAGAACGAGUCUCUGUCCGCUCGUACGCAGACUGAGAGCCCCCAGUCUAUGAAGCGUCUUUCCCGACCAGGAUCCCGUGUUCGUCUGUCUAGUGCAUUCUCGAGCCGAUCUAACAGCUUCAAUGAUACCAGCAACAAUGUGUCCCCUGAAAUGGAGAACCACCUUCAGAACAUGGACAAGUCACAGCGCCGUCUCUCUCAGAUGAGCUCAACUGAUGUCAGCGAUCGUUACCUGAGGGACAAGACGGAUGCCAUUGCUGCCAUUAUUCGUAAUAUCAGCGAGCAAUGCGCCGCCGCUGUCGAGGGCUUGCAUCUCGCCCAAGAUGCCGAGAACGAGGAAGGCUCUAUCAAACAAGAAGGACAUGCUGCACCAUCCGAGCAGUCUCGUGAUGAGGGCAGUGAAAUGGGCGAGGGCGACAGCAACUACAGUGCCGACAACCGCACUUCUAGCAUUCCUCCCACCCCAGACCUGGUUCAUAACCGGUCGAGCACCUCAAUGUCGAUGGUCAGCACGUCGACUCUUGCUGAGCGAUCCAGCCAGCAGUACAACCCUGGAGACAUUCCUACCAAGAUCGUCGAGGAUGAGGAUGAACAUCUCCACGAGACUGAGGGCUACGGCGACCACAAUGAACCUUCUGCCGUUUCCAAACAACGCAGCCAGGACAUUGUGCUCCCCAGCGGCCCCCAUGUUGUUUCUUAA